GAUAAUGCAGUGCUUGUGCUCAUGUAACCGUUAUGUAGUAAUCUAAUGCUAUGUCGCAGUGCCUCUGUGGUUCACCUUACUUCAUCUCACUAUGUAGGUCCUGUAUCAUCUCACAGCGUGAGCAGAAGGGAAAGCACUGUCCCUGUCCGGAUCUCAGCCACUCCUGGUGUGGUGUGUUCUGCUCUGCAGAAAAGUGGAUCUUUCUGGAUAUUUAAGAGAAAGGAACUGAGAGAUUUACUUGGUCAAGAAGCCCAACGAGUGAAGAUGAGAGUGCCUUGCUUUUGGACUGUCUAGAGCAGGCGUUGGAAAGCUUGUUUUGUAAAGGGCCACAGAUGGUGAUUGACAAAUCAAGUUACAAUGUCCCCGGAAGUGGCCUUGAACCGAAUUUCUCCAAUGCUGUCUCCAUUCAUAUCCAGUGUGGUCCGGAAUGGGAAAGUGGGACUGGAUGCUACAAACUGUUUGAGGAUAACUGACUUGAAAUCUGGCUGCACAUCAUUGACACCUGGUCCCAACUGUGACCGGUUUAAACUGCACAUACCUUAUGCUGGAGAGACAUUAAAAUGGGACAUCAUCUUCAAUGCCCAGUACCCAGAGCUGCCCCCUGACUUUAUCUUUGGAGAGGAUGCUGAGUUCCUGCCAGACCCCUGUGCGCUGCGCAACCUUGCCUCCUGGAAUCCUUCAAAUCCUGAAUGUCUCUUACUGGUGGUGAAAGAACUUGUACAACAGUAUCACCAGUUUCAAUGCAGCCGCCUCCGAGAGAGCUCUCGCCUCAUGUUUGAAUACCAGACAUUACUGGAAGAACCACAAUAUGGAGAGAACAUGGAAAUUUAUGCUGGGAAAAAAAACAACUGGACUGGUGAAUUUUCGGCUCGUUUCCUUUUGAAGUUGCCAGUGGAUUUCAGCAAUAUUCCCACAUACCUUCUCAAGGAUGUAAAUGAAGAUCCUGGAGAAGAUGUGGCCCUCCUUUCUGUCAGCUUUGAGGAUACUGAAGCCACCCAAGUGUACCCCAAGCUGUACUUGUCACCCCGAAUUGAACAUGCGCUUGGAGGCUCCUCAGCUCUUCAUAUCCCAGCUUUUCCAGGAGGAGGCUGCCUCAUUGAUUAUGUUCCUCAAGUAUGCCACCUGCUCACCAACAAGGUGCAGUAUGUGAUUCAAGGCUAUCACAAAAGAAGAGAGUACAUUGCUGCUUUCCUCAGUCACUUUGGCACAGGUGUCGUGGAAUAUGAUGCAGAAGGCUUUACAAAACUCACUCUGCUGCUGAUGUGGAAAGAUUUUUGUUUUCUUGUACACAUUGACCUGCCCCUGUUUUUCCCGCGAGACCAGCCAACGCUCACGUUUCAGUCCGUCUAUCAUUUCACCAACAGUGGACAGCUUUACUCCCAAGCCCAAAAAAAUUAUCCAUACAGCCCUAGAUGGGAUGGAAAUGAAAUGGCCAAAAGAGCAAAGGCUUAUUUCAAAACCUUCGUCCCUCAGUUCCAGGAGGCAGCAUUCGCCAAUGGAAAGCUCUAGGAAACACCAGUCUGGAGAGGCGGCCAGCCAGACUGCUGUGUCCACACGCGUGUCAGCACAUAUGGCCACUCCCUGGGAGCCUCUGGGAAUGUCUUCACGCAGCAUUGUGCUCGCGCAGCAGCUUUGCGCACCCCAGACAGCCCCACUCCACUGGACCCGCCCUCGAGCCGGCUGGCGACAACCUGAGCCCUGAGCCCCUCACUCGGGUUGCUCCCCCUUCCUUUCCUUCCUUCUGUUUCUUUUUUGGAAGAAAUAAACUCACAAAUCACAGUGCAGUCCUGUUCCAGGGAGAGUAGGACGUCACCGGUGCA